UCUUAUGCAUGUGUUAACAGAAACCUGCCCGUGGGAGCAGUCUCAGUUGACAAACCUCUCUGCAGGAGGAGAGUUCGGCUGUGUAUUAGAAGUUGUUAUCAGAAACUGAGCAAAAUGACUCAAGCUGCAGUCCUACUAGCAUCCGUGCUGAUCUUCAGCAAUGUAGCUCACUCUACUUUCUCCCCCACACUUAUAGUGGACAUGGCAAAAAUCCUCAUGGACAACUACUGCACACCCGAAAAACUUGCGGGCAUGGAACAGAUAAUCGAUGCUGCCAGCAGUAACACAGAAAUUCUCAGCAUCUCAGAUCCCGCCACCCUCGCCAGUGUUUUAACCGUGGGGGUGAAAAACACAAUAGGUGACUCCAGAGUGAAAGUCACAUAUGAGCCUGAAUAUGAACCUGCAGUACCUCCACCCGUGCCUGACAUCCCACCUGAGCACCUGGCAGCCAUGAUCAAAGCAACGGUUAAAGUCGAGGUCCUUGAUGACAACAUUGCCUACCUGAAGAUUCAGCACAUCAUCGGAGAGGAGAUGGCUCAGAAGGUUGGACCCCUUUUGUUGGAAUACAUCUGGGACAAAGUCCUCCCUACUUCUGCCAUGAUAUUGGACUUCCGCUCCGCAAUCAGUGGUGAGCUAUCUGGAAUUCCAUACAUUGUGUCCUACUACACAGACGCUGAACCUUUAAUACACAUCGACUCCGUGUACGAUCGACCCUCCGACAUCACCACAGAGCUCUGGUCCAUGCCCACUCUAUUGGGAAAGAGAUACGGAACCUCCAAACCUUUGAUCAUUCUGACCAGCAAAAAUACUCUUGGGGUUGCAGAGGAUGUGGCUUACUGCCUUAAAAACCUUAAAAGGGCCACUAUCGUUGGUGAAAACACGGCAGGGGGAACGGUGAAAACGGACAAAAUCAAGGUGGGUGACAGUUACUUCUACGUGUCUGUGCCAGUUGCUAAAUCUGUCAACCCCAUCACUGGCAAGAGCUGGGAGAUUUACGGAGUGGCACCGGAUGUCGAAGUCACCGCAGAAGACGCACUUGACACCGCAAUCGCGAUAAUUAAACUUCGUGCAGAAAUCCCAGGGUUGGUUCAGGCCGCAGCUACGCUUGUCGCAGACAACUAUGCAUUUCCAAACGUCGGGGCUCAUUUAGCUGAGAAGUUGGUGGCCAGCGAAUAUAACCUGAUCUCUAGAAAAGAUGAACUGAAAACAAAGCUCUCAGCUGAUCUCCUGAAAUUUUCAGGGGACAAGUGCCUGAAGAUCACCAGUAACAUCCCUGCACUACCACCAAUGAAUCCCACACCAGAAAUGUUCAUCGAGCUUGUGAAAGUUUCAUUCCACACUGAUGUGUUUGAAAACAACAUUGGUUACCUUCGCUUUGACAUGUUCGGAGAUUUCGAGCAUGUUGCUGCCAUUGCUCAGAUCAUUGUGGAGCAUGUCUGGAACAAAGUCAUUGACACCGAUGCGCUCAUCAUCGAUCUGAGGAACAACGUUGGUGGGUCCACUUCUUCCAUUGCUGGAUUUUGCUCGUACUUCUUUGAUAGCGACAAGCAGAUUGUGCUUGACCGGCUGUAUGACAGACCCUCGAAUACCACAACAGAUCUCCUAACUCUUACGAAACUCACCGGCAGGAGAUACGGUAGCAAAAAAAGCCUAUUGGUCCUCACCAGCAGUGCGACCGCUGGCGCAGCUGAGGAGUUUGUCUUUAUCAUGAAGAGGUUGGGACGUGCGAUGAUUAUCGGCGAGCCAACACGUGGAGGAUGUCACCCUCCGGAAACCUUUCGUGUCGGUGAGAGCGAUAUCUUUCUGUCUAUGCCAAUCACUCAUUCGGACACUUCUCAAGGCCCUUCCUGGGAGGGGGCUGGCAUUGCCCCUCACAUUCCAGUUCCCGCCGAUGCUGCCCUCGACACAGCAAAGGAUAUCCUUAACAAGCAUUUUUCCGGGCAGAAGUAAGUUUAUUAUCUGUGACCGGUAUGGAUGCCAAAUGAUUAAGGAUGUGCUAUUUAGUGGGAUUAAAUUUUAUAGAGGGGCUGUUUAACCUGCAGUAGAUCAUGAUGAUAAUGUUUAAAAAGCUACAACUAAGCCAUCUGUUUGUAGUUUUUAAGAUGUACACAGCAAAAGCAGCAGUGUUAAAUCAACACUGCUGGUGUAUGGGGACCACCAGGUCUGGUGUUACUCAUAUAAACACCAGCAGUGUACAUUUAACACUGCUAAUUUUGCUGUGUAUAUCUCUAUUGUUUUCUUUCUUUCUUUUUUGUGUGUAUUUCUAACUUAUCCAAUCCUAAGCAAACCAGAGGUGUAGAAUGUGGCAGUAAAAAUGGUCUCUCCUGAACAUUAAUGGAGGAUGCAGGUUGUUAUCACAGAAAUAAGCCCUGACAGUAUGAUCAGGACCCGACACGAAGGUGUGACACUGAAGGGGCUUAUUUAUGAUAACAACUCUACAUUAUCCUGCUUGUUACAUGGCUAUUUAUCUCAUAAGAAGCAUUAAAAAUGUAUUUGAAAUAUUUUAUUUGCUCACUUUUAAUGAAUACAGACCUAAUUGGGUACUUUGUUUACUAGUUUUCUUUGUAUGCAUACAUUUCUUUUGCCAUAAAACUACAAUGAGAAUUAUGAAUGACUGUAAUUAUGAAUCACAUUUUCUGGACAUUUUUGGACUUGGGUUGUAUUGAAACAAAACCAUAUUAAAUAAAAAUCAAGAUCAGAAAA